GUGCUCUUAUUACAACACUGGCACGAGCAUUACUCAUUCAUUCAAGCUGAGGCACUCGGAGCAUUUAUUAGGGGCUCGCUGCCUCUCACUCAGAGUCCUGUCUCCGCUCGAGACCUUUAGCUCCAGGCAGCUCAGAUACUUUUAGGAAACAGCUGGAGAAUGCUGCCUCAAGAAAUGCUUUCCUUGCUUAUACUGUUUUGUGCUUUCAGGGCUUCUGUUUCUGUUCUGGAUGAAGAUGACGACUAUGAUCUCAUGUACGUGAAUCUGGAUAAUGAAAUUGAAGGUCCCGUUCUUGGUACUGAGGAAACUGUUUCAUGCGACUGUCAGCGAGAACACACAGAAUGGGACAAGCUCUUCAUCAUGCUUGAGAACUCACAGAUGAAAGAGAACAUGAUGCUCCAGGCUAUGGAUGAGAUCCUCAAGGUGGAACUACAGACCGUGCAAGCAGAGCUGAGCCGGUUCACAGCCAGCUUCGCCAGCACGCUCACCACAGCGGUCGAGAAAGUCACUUCCCACGUCGUGUCACAGGUAGAGCGGGCACUCGUGAGGAACGAUGAGCAAGCUCAAGCAGCCGAGAAGCUCCACGAGCCGGAACAAGGCAAGGUUCUUGAACACGUUCUGUCACUGAGCCACAACGUGUCCAACAGACUCAGCCAGCUGGAGAGUGUCUGGCAGAGGAGAUCCGAGGCGGAGGCUCAAGAGACGGCUUUUCAGCAGCAGGAUAAAUUCAGUCACAUCAGAGGAGACGGUUUCGUCUUGAACUCUCUGUGGAAAGAGCUACAGCAAACCAGAGCUGAACUGAAGGCAUCUCAAAAAUGGGCAGCUCAGCACUUACUGCCAGCAGGGUGUGAAACAGCAAUUUUAUUCCCAAUGCGUUCAAAAAAGAUAUUUGGGAGUGUGCACCCAACUGCUGACAUGACACUCCACUCCUUCACCGCCUGUAUUUGGAUCAAAGUGACCGAGGCUUUGGACAAAACUGUUGUCUUCUCCUAUGGAACAAAGACAAAUCCGUAUGAAAUUCAGCUUUAUCUCAGCCAGGAAUCUGCAGUGCUUGCUGUAGGUAGUGACCAGCACAAGUUAACUGUGAAAAACGUAAUUGUUUCUGGAAAGUGGAUCCAUCUUUGUGGCACCUGGAGUUCAGGAAAUGGAACCGCAUCACUGUGGGUAAACGGAGAGCUUGCAGCUACCACCUCCGAAAUUGCAGACACUCACACAAUUCCAGGUGGAGGAAUUCUGCAGAUCGGCCAAGAAAAGAAUGGUUGCUGUGUUGGAGGAGGAUUUGACGAAGCUUUAGCCUUCUCAGGAAAGUUAACUGGCUUUAAUAUGUGGGACAGAGUGCUCAACGAUGAAGAGAUAGCAAUGCAGAGCGGAGAGGAUGCAUGCAGCAUCAGGGGCAAUAUCGUUGGGUGGGGAGUCACUGAAGUUUUGCCAUACGGAGGAGCUCAGUAUGUUUCUUAAAAUCUGACAAAGUAGAUUCUGAACCAAAGAACAUAGUUAACUAAGAGCAGAAUACCAAUAUGUACAAGUAAACAGAGCCUUAGGAGCCCGAGUCUCAAAUUCCCAAGGAAGAUUAGCAUUGUAAGUUUACAAAAUGAGGUACUGUGGAGAUGGGAUUUGAUCUCCGCCUGCUGUUUUGGCAAAACACCGAAAAAAUACAUCAAGCAAUGACAUUGGAAAAGCUGUUCCUGAGGUCAGACAACUGCUGUCUCCCUAGCUUAGUGUUUUCAGAUUUAUAGAAGUGAGUGCCACUGUGGACAUUUCAGAGCAGGAUUUUGGCUCCUGGAAUCUGCGCUAAACUAAGUAUAUCAGGUAAAUGGCUGACCUAUUCUCUGCAGCAGACAUAAGGCUGUGUGCAUCUUCCAGGCUUCUCCAGUCAUCAAUUUUUAUAGUGCUAAUGUGAAUUGUACAGAUGAACCAUAUAAGCCAAGUGUGUUGUUUAUUAAUCCUUAGCAAUUUGUAGACUAUAAUAAAACUAGUUCCUUGUUUGAAACAUUAUUUAUACCAUAGAUUGAUCUAACAUAAAAGUAAUAUUCCUCCAUUAUAAUCUGAUGUUACAUUUUGAGGAAAAAAGUGCAGCUGUAUUAUAUUGUAAAUUCACUUGGUAUUAAUUUUAUUGAAAUUAUUUUUGUAAGUUGUUCUGUAAAUAAAGAUACUUUACUAGAAUAAUA